AUGUCGUUUAUCUGUACAAUUAGCGGAGAACCGACAGAAGAUCCGGUAGUUUCUCCCGUCUCCGGACACGUUUUCGAUAGAACGCUAAUCACCAAAUUUAUCAUGGAAAAUGGAACGGAUCCUAUUACAAACACCGAAAUGGAUGAGGGACAGGUAGGUGUAAGAUGAAGUUUUUGGUAUGAAAAACAAAAAUCUUGCAGCUUGUCUCGAUAAAAGGCGGUGCAACAGGAAGUGCUCCACGAAAUGUGUCAGGAACUUCAAUCCCAUCACUCUUGAAAAUGCUGCAAGAUGAAUGGGAUACCGUGAUGCUUAACAGUUUUUCAUUACGUCAACAAUUGCAAAUCGCACGUCAAGAACUCUCUCACUCACUUUAUCAACAUGAUGCGGCUUGUCGAGUUAUCGCAAGAUUGACUAAAGAAUUGACAGCGGCUCGAGAAGCUUUGUCCACUUUGAAACCACAUACAGCUGGAGGACAUACACGAAGUGGAGAGAAGGAUAGAAUUGAAGAUGAAGUAAGUAUGGAUGAGGAAAAUGACGAUGGAAAUGGUGAACAAGGAGGGUUGAGUGAACAAGUUAUCGCAAAAUUGGAUGAAAAAUCGAAAUCAUUGACAGCUGAGAGAAAACAGCGGGGAAAAACGUUGCCAGAAGGAUUGGCAAAAGUCGAAGAAAUCGGGGAAUUGAAGCAGAUCUCCUCGCACACUGCAAUUCAUUCGACUGGAACACCUGGAAUCACUGCAUUGGAUAUUCGUGGAACAUUGGCGUUGACUGGUGGAUUGGAUAGAACUGCGAUCUUGUAUGAUUAUGAGAGGGAACAAGUUGUGCAGACAUUCAAGGGACAUUCGAAGAAGAUUAAUGCGGUGGUUUUGUUGGCGGAUAGGAAGACGGCGAUUUCGGCAAGUGCUGAUUCGCAUAUUCGAGUUUGGAAUUCGGAGGAGACUAGUGCUAAAGCUGUUAUUGAUGUUCAUCAAGCACCAGUCACUGGUAAGAGUUUUUUUUCGAUUUGAAUCACCCCAUUUCAAAUUUUUUAAUUGGGGUGAUUCAAGUUUCAUUUUUUUGUGGAAAAAAAAUGUCAAAAAAUAGUUUUUGGACAUUUUCUGAAUUGAAAUUUGUGUUUUUUUUCGACUUGAAAUACUCCAUAAGUCAAAAAUUAACACUUUCUGCAAAAAAAUGUUACUUGAAAGGAACGGCAAGAAAAAAAGGUUCUUUUUCACUAUUUUCAGUGAAGUUCACGAAAUUCCAGAUAUUUUUAGAUCAAAUUUGAGCCAAAAACGCUUUUUCCAGGUGUCUAAACUGAAAUUUCCCGUUUCAAGACAGUUUUUUGUUGAAAGUUAUUCAUUUUUCCGUCCAAAAUACCAAAAUAUGUACAUUUUCAAAUGGUCCGGCAGCCCCAUGUUAUAUAAUGAAAGUUUAUCACCUAAAUAUGUUAGUUUUGACUUAUAAAGCCCUUAAAAAUUCUCCGCGAGCCCUGCUAAAAAAUAAUAGAGGGAAAAGGAUAAAAUCCUAGAUCCCGUGGGCUCACGGAGCAUUUUUAAGGCUUUUGAAAGCCAAAGCUCAUAUAUUUAGGUGAUAAACUUUCAUUAUAUAACAUGGGGCUGCCGGACCAUUUGAAAAUGUUCAUAUUUUGGUAUUUCGGACGGGAAAAUGAAUAACUUUCAGCAGAAAUUGUCUUGAAACGGGAAAUUUCAGUUUAGACACCUGAAAAAAGCGUUUUUGGCUUAAAUUUGAUCUAAAAAUAUCUGGAAUUCCGUGAACUUUCACUGAAAAUAGUGAAUUUCAUCAAAAAGAACCGGUUCUUCCAUGUUUUAUUGUUUUUUUUUUCUUGUCGUUCCUUUCAAGCAACAUUUUUGAUAAGCCUACAAUUUUUUUUUUGCAAAAGUGUUAAUUUUUUCAUGAUUUUUGAUCGAAAAUGACAGCGUAAACGCGGAGUAUCGUUUGAAAUGCAUAAAACUACGAUGCUCCGCGUCUGCACCUCGAAAAAAUAAGGGAAAUCGAAUUUUUUAAAUUUACAAACGAUACUCCACGUUUACAUUGCCUUUCAAAGUUUCUAAUUCCACCAAAAAUUCAAUUUUUUUGCAGAUAUUUCUCUGAACGCAACCGGUGAUUAUAUUCUCUCCUCAUCCGAUGAUUCAUAUUGGGCAUUCAGUGACAUUCACACUGGAAAAACAUUGACAAAAGUCGCUGUGGAAAAAGAUUCCAACAUCGCAAUUCACUGCAUCGAAUUCCACCCAGAUGGUUUGAUUUUCGGAACCGGAACCGCUGAUGCUGUCGUCAAGAUUUGGGAUUUGAAAUCGCAAUCGAAUGCCGCCAAUUUUCCGGGACACAAUUCGUCGGUUCGAUCGAUUGCCUUCUCGGAAAAUGGUUAUUAUUUGGCGACUGGAAGUGAUGAUGGAGAAGUUAAAUUGUGGGAUUUGAGAAAAUUGAAGAAUUUGAAGACGCUUGCCACUGAACAGAAACAACCGGUAAGGUUUUUUGACAUUUUUCAUCCAAAAAUUCAGAAAAAUUAUGAUUUUCAUAUCAAAAUUCUCCAAAAAUGCUCCAGAGCUCAAAAAUAGGCUCUGGAGCUUUAUUAUAGGCUGUAAAAAUCAAAUCUCGACUGAAAAUCAUCGAAUUUUGCUCUAGGGCCCAAAAUUGAGCUUGAAACUACUGAAUUUCGAGCACCCGGGUUCAAAAUCCUAAAAAUAUUGCUCCAGAGCUCAAAAGUAGGCUUUGAAGUCGAAAUUUUGGUAAAAAAUCAUAUCAAAAUGCUCCAGAGCUCAAAAAUGAGCUCCAGAUUUCUGAAUUUCGGGAUUCCGAGCUCAAAAAAUGAUCUAGGGCUCAAAAAUAGGAUUUGAAGUCGAAAUUUAGACUAAAAAUCACAUAGGGCUCAAAAAUGAGCUCCAAAUGUGUGAUUUCCGGCUCCCAGGCUGAAAAAAUGCUCCAGAGCUCAAAAAUAGGCUUUGAAGUUGAAAUUCAAUCUUAAAAUUAUCAUAAAAUGCUCCAGAGCUCAAAAAUUAUCUCCAAACUUCUAGUUCUUGGUCCUCAGUCUCAAAAAAUGCUCCAGGGCUUGAAAACAUGCUCUGGGGCUCUGUUUAAAUCGAAUUUCGACUGAAAAUCGUCCAACUUUGCUCCGAGGUUCGAAAAUGAGCUCCAAACUUCUAGUUUCCGGCUCUCAGUCUCAAAAAAUACUCCGAGGCUCAAAAUUAAUAUAAAAUUCAUCAGAAACCCUGAAUUUUUGAAGUUCAUUUCUAUGAAUUUGAUGAAAAUCUACACUUGUGAAGUUAAUGUAACUCAAAAUCUUCCCUCCAAAAAUCUUUAAUUUUUUUGCAGAUCAACGAACUCUCGUUCGAUAUGACUGGAACAUUCCUCGCAAUCGGCGGUCAAAAUGUUCAAGUAAUCCACGUGAAAACGUGGCAAGAUGUGGCAAAUCUAAAUGAGCACACAGCUCCAGUCACCGGAGUUCGAUUUGGUGAAAAUGCGCGAAGUUUGGUGACAAGUUCAAUGGAUAAAUCAUUGAGAAUAUUCUCGAUUUAA